AUGCAGAAGGGGGCUUCUUCUGUGGUAGGGCAGGUAGUGGAGAGCGUGUGGCAUGCAUCGUUGCAGACGAAGGAUUUGCAGGACGGCUUGCUGCGCCGGCAGAUGCCCGGAGGGUUUGCGCCGUUGUUCUCCAUCUGGUUGAAGAGCGCAGAGCAGGCGAAGCGGUUGCCAAGUAAGAUGCUGAUAUUUCAGCAUGCGACAAGUUUAGGGGAUGUGGAAAGUCUAAUUGAGUGGCGGGCGAUGAGUGACAAGGGCUGCGAUGAACGGCUGCUGCGAGUGAGCUGUGGCUUGGAGGAUGUUGAAGACUUGAAGCAGAACCUUGUUCAGUCUCUUCAUGCGGUCUAUGAAGACACAGAGUCGUCAUAG